AUGGACCUCCCCAGCGGGAUGCUCCUCGCCUGCUCCCUCUGCCUCCUGCCUGGGUUCAGUGACACCUUCAACAUUGACACCAAGAGACCCAAAAUCAUAGCUGGCUCCAAGGAAGCGUAUUUUGGCUACACAGUGCAGCAGCAUGACAUCGGGGGGAAGAAAUGGCUGGUGGUGGGAGCUCCCUAUGAAACCAAUGGCCAGCAGAAGACGGGCGAUGUCUACAAGUGCCCCGUGACCAGCGACACCCACAACAACUGCACCAAACUCAACCUAGGACGGGUAACGCUCUCCAACGUCUCUGAGCGGAAGGACAACAUGCGCCUCGGCCUCAGCCUGGCCACCAACCCCAAGGACAACAGCUUUCUGGCCUGCAGCCCUCUCUGGUCCCACGAGUGCGGGAGCUCCUACUACACCACAGGGAUGUGCUCCCGGGUCAACUCCAACUUCAGGUUCUCCAAGACAGUGGCUCCGGCUCUGCAGAGAUGCCAGACGUACAUGGACAUAAUCAUAGUCCUGGAUGGAUCAAACAGCAUCUAUCCUUGGGUUGAAGUUCAGCACUUCCUCAUAAACAUCUUGAAAAAGUUUUAUAUUGGCCCUGGCCAGAUACAAGUUGGAGUUGUUCAGUACGGGGAAGACGUCGUCCAUGAGUUUCAUUUAAAUGACUACAGGUCUGUAAAAGAUGUGGUUGCAGCUGCCAGUCACAUAGAGCAAAGAGGAGGUACAGAAACCAGGACUGCCUAUGGGAUAGAGUUUGCUCGCUCGGAAGCGUUUCAGAAAGGUGGCCGGAAAGGGGCAAAGAGAGUAAUGAUUGUAAUCACAGAUGGAGAGUCGCACGACAGCCCAGACCUGGAGAAGGUGAUCGAGGACAGCGAGAAGGACAAUGUCACCAGAUACGCCGUGGCCGUAUUGGGUUAUUAUAACAGAAGAGGAAUCAAUCCCGAAGCCUUUUUGAAUGAGAUAAAGUUUAUAGCUAGCGACCCGGAUGACAAGCAUUUCUUUAAUGUCACAGAUGAAGCAGCACUCAAGGACAUUGUGGAUGCUCUAGGGGAAAGGAUAUUUAGCUUGGAAGGAACCAACAAGAAUGAAAUCUCCUUUGGACUGGAAAUGUCUCAGACUGGAUUUUCAUCACAUGUUGUGGAA